GGCGGCGCCGGGGGGCCACCAGGGGGCGCGGGCGGCGCAGGCGGCACGUGGUGGCGCCGGUGGCAGCCCCGCGUGUGGGCGCUCUUCGAGGACCCCUACUCGUCGCGGGCCGCCAGGUAUGUGGCCUUCGCCUCCCUCUUCUUCAUCCUCAUCUCCAUAACCACCUUCUGCCUGGAGACCCACGAAGGCUUCAUCCACAUCAGCAACAAGACGGUGACGCAGGCCUCCCCCAUUCCCGGGGCUCCGCCGGAGAACAUCACCAACGUGGAGGUGGAGACGGAGCCCUUCCUGACGUACGUGGAGGGCGUGUGCGUGGUCUGGUUCACCUUUGAGUUCCUCAUGCGCAUCACCUUCUGCCCGGACAAGGUGGAAUUUCUCAAGAGCAGCCUCAACAUCAUUGACUGCGUGGCCAUCUUGCCCUUCUAUCUCGAGGUGGGGCUCUCGGGCCUCAGCUCCAAGGCCGCCAAAGACGUGCUGGGCUUCCUGCGGGUCGUCCGCUUUGUCCGAAUCCUCCGAAUCUUCAAGCUCACGCGCCACUUCGUGGGGCUGCGCGUGCUGGGCCACACGCUGCGCGCCAGCACCAACGAGUUCCUGCUGCUCAUCAUCUUCCUGGCGCUGGGCGUGCUCAUCUUCGCCACCAUGAUCUACUAUGCCGAGCGCAUUGGCGCCGACCCCGACGACAUCCUGGGCUCCAACCACACCUACUUCAAGAACAUCCCCAUUGGCUUCUGGUGGGCCGUGGUCACCAUGACGACCCUGGGCUACGGAGACAUGUACCCCAAGACGUGGUCGGGGAUGCUGGUCGGGGCGCUGUGUGCCCUGGCGGGGGUGCUCACCAUCGCCAUGCCUGUGCCCGUCAUCGUCAACAACUUUGGCAUGUACUAUUCGCUGGCCAUGGCCAAACAGAAGCUGCCCAAGAAGAAGAACAAACACAUCCCCAGGCCCCCGCAGCCCGGCUCGCCCAACUACUGCAAGCCCGACCCUCCCCCCCCACCGCCCCCUCACCACCCCCACCACGGCAGCGGUGGCAUCAGCCCCCCGCCGCCCAUCACCCCGCCCUCCGUGGGGGUGACUGUGGCCGGGGCCUACCCACCGGGCCCCCACACGCAUCCCGGGCUGCUCAGGGGAGGCGCGGGGGGCCUCGGGAUCAUGGGGCUGCCUCCUCUGCCGGCCCCAGGGGAGCCUUGCCCAUUGGCUCAGGAGGAAGUAAUUGAGAUCAACCGGGCAGAUCCCCGCCCCAACGGGGACCCUGCAGCAGCUGCGCUUGCCCACGAGGACUGCCCAGCCAUCGACCAGCCCGCCAUGUCCCCAGAAGACAAGAGCCCCAUCACCCCUGGGAGCCGUGGCCGCUACAGCCGUGACCGAGCCUGCUUCCUCCUCACUGACUAUGCCCCUUCCCCUGAUGGCUCCAUCCGGAAAGCCACCGGUGCUCCCCCACUGCCCCCCCCAGACUGGCGUAAGCCAGGGCCCCCAAGCUUCUUGCCCGACCUCAACGCCAACGCCGCAGCCUGGAUAUCCCCCUAGCGGACGAACCCCUUCCCCCCGGGCUCUUGUCACCGCCUGAGACCUCGCGAGACCCUCGGUCCCCCCCUGCCCCUUCCCCCCAGGUUAGCAAUUGGGAAUGGCUGGGAGGGGGUGUCCCCCAGAUACUGGGCUUCCAACUCCUGCCCCCCAGGCCCUCUCUCCUCUGGUCAAGACCCCCUCGUCCAGACAGACCUCUUGGCACCGCCUGGAAAAGCACUAGAACUUUCCCCAGAUACCAGCAGAACUCUGAUAGUCCCAAGCUUUUAAGACACCUCCCCCACUACCCACUACCCCACACCCCGGCCACACACGCUCCCCAGUCUUAGACCCCUAUGGCUACCUGGCCAGUGGUAGAACCUUCCAAUCAGAAGGUUCCCAUUUAAAGGCUUCACGACCCUUUAAAGACACCCCCUUACAACCUUCAGGUGAGCCUCCCCUCGCUCAGCCGCUCCCGGAGGGCACGUCCCCGGGGGCACCGCCAGCUCGCGCUCCUUCCUGCCUCUCACGGCCCCAUCCCCCUGCCUCUCCUUUCUCCGCCGCUAGGUCAGCCCCGGCGGAGCCCUCCUGAGCCCUCCCCACCGGCUGCUCCCCCCACAUGCAUUCCACCGAGCUCCCUCUCCACGCCCCUGCUGCCCACCAUCCGCCUUGCUGUCCCCCAACCCUUUUGCCUCAGAUAAGGGGGCCAA